UCACAGUCACUAGUCUUUAACGCACUUUGUUCGUGGUUGGUCGCGCAACGAGCGUUGCCUUUUUUUAAAUAAUAAUUCCCUUGACGCAAAGCCCGACGACGUGACGCACCGCAAAAACAAGGGAUGACAACGGCGGCGGCGGCGAAGGGAGGAAGAUAACGAGAAAUAAUAGUCAUAUCGUCGGCGGUUUUUAAGGCGAAAAAGAGAACGAGUGUGAGUGCCUGGAGAGGAAGCGACUUCGCUAAUCGCAAGAAAAGAAGAAUCGCGCGGCUUGUACACAAUUUUUCAUGUUAUUAAUGAAAAUAGUAUUAAACAUUAAGCGUCAUAAAAAAGUACGCAGCGGAGUGAAGAAAACAACAACAACAUCGGAGCAUAAAAUAGCAGAAAUAUAAAUACAUACUUGUCCGCUUCUAGAUUACAUACAAUUUGGAAAACUAAUAUUAUAUGCCAUUAAAAAUCUUAGCGAUUCACUUCGGAAUUGUUUUCGAUUAUAUCAUUACGUGCUUCGAAAGAUAUGUAAUUUGGACACUCGGCCUGUGUUUUCGGGGUAUCGUUUUUCGCUCGUCGACAAUUAGUGACAAUUGUUUUUUUCCUACGCCGAGAGGAUUCUACUACCCCCAAUCACACAUAAUAAUAAUCACAAUAAUCAAUUGUGUGAAAGCAGCGAUUAGUAGUGAUCAUUUGCGCGCGCCGGCAAUGCUGCUGCUGCUUUGUGUGAGUGCUAAGUGAUAACGUUCACGAUUACGUGAAGACAGUGUCAAAACAAUAAUUAGUUUAAAUCGAAACGAUAAAUUAGUGAUGUUUAUGUGCAGUUUUUUGCCCCAUCGUGUCCAACAUUGUGUGCUGGUGGCAGUGUAGUUGUGUGGGGCUAAUACUAACCGGCCACCAUUGACUGUAGGGCCCGGGAACUGUUGACCGCGAGAGAAUUGUGAGACCAAGUGUUACCUAAAAUUAGUAUAACAACAACAUAGCGUAAUUAAAUCCUGGACAUCUCGGCGUUUAUUUUGCCGGUUGUUUUCGUUUCUUCAACAUUAGACCGGCCGACCAGUGAAUGAAGAUAGUAUUUAAUUAUAACAACAAUAAAACCCCUUCCCUCUUGGACUCGAGUGCAAGUGAAUCAUGGUCUGUUCGUGGAGGAAUUGAUUAUGAGCAUCGUGUCUAGCUAGGAUCGUGCCCACCACAGCUAAUCGGUACACUUACACGUGUUUCUGCGAGCAAUCUUCACCCGUGUGUUCCUAAUCAAUUAGUUACAUUUUGUGAUAUUAAUCUUAGUUUUCAACAACAACAAAGCAACAAAAUAAAAUUAAAAAAACAACCGUCGGAAAGUGCGCGGGAGCAAAUCAUUCUGUUGACACAUUGGCGCUCAAUCCAAAUCAUCACCUCCUGAUUGCUUGAAUUAGUCGUGAAGUGAUGGCAUUUUGUUGGAUCUCGAUCUCGACGUGAAACAACAGUGAAGCAAACAGGAAAAAAAACCGAGAACAUGAACAACAUAAUAUCCCAGCGGGGAUUCUCCUAUUCAUGUGUGUGCUUUUGAACCCCAGGAAGUGUGUGAAACUAUCAACAACAAUCCAAAGAAGAGAAGAACCCGAAACACAAAAAUAGUUUGAAAAAAAAAAACACAUCAGGAUAACACAGUGCGCCAGGGAUAGCAGAACUCAGCGGUGACCUGGUUGGAUUAGUGAGAGAGAAGAAAGAAACCGAGAAACAACAUCACAUCAGCACGAGUGAGAAUCGAUCGGGGGAAGCUGUUUCCUUGUGCAUCUCCCUGCAAGUCCCUGGGAGCGAGAUAAAAAAAGUGAUUAUUAAGUGAACAACUUCCGGAUGGUGUCAGUGUGACCUAUAGGCUAAGCUAGGGUCAGUCGAAAUUCGUGCGCGCCAAAGUGAACAACCCCAGUGGCGACCGUAACGCCGUAAAACGCCAGUAAACCUCCCCCCCCAAGUGAAGUGGCUUUUGUGGGCGAUAGGCGCUGUGCUCAAAGCAGGUGCUGUGCUGCUGAGUGGGCGCGAGGAGUUUCCUCCAACGGCAUUACGAUUCAUUUCGAAAAAGUGGCCUCGAUCGGCCCCAACACGCUCAACUUCACGGAUCUCGGGAGCCCUUACGAGGGCCCCCCCAGUACGCCACAGUCCGGGAUGGAUGCACCGGACGCGCCCCACACGCCAAAGUACAUCGACGGCGGGGCGACGGCCGCGGGACCCGGCAAGUCUGCCUUCGUGGAGCUCCAACAGCACGGAUAUGGCGGCAUCCGAAGCGGGUACCAGCAUUUUGGAGCGCAGGGUGGACAGGACUCGGGGUUCCCGAGUCCGCGUAGCGCACUCGGCUAUCCUUUCCCGCCUAUGCAUCAAAAUUCGUAUUCAGGUUAUCACUUAGGGAGUUACGCACCUCCCUGCGCUAGUCCACCGAAAGAUGAUUUCCUCUCGGACAAAAUCGAAGACACCGGUCUGCGGGUGAACGGCAAGGGCAAGAAAAUGCGUAAGCCCCGCACCAUCUACAGUUCCCUACAGCUGCAGCAGCUCAACCGAAGAUUUCAACGAACGCAGUACCUAGCGCUACCGGAGCGGGCGGAACUGGCGGCCAGCCUAGGACUAACUCAAACGCAGGUGAAGAUUUGGUUUCAAAACCGACGAUCGAAGUACAAGAAGAUGAUGAAGGCAGCGCAGGCACCCGGUGUCGGGGGAGGACUUCCACUGGGCGCACCGAACCAAGGUGGUCACAGUCCGUCGCAGCAUCAGAACAUGCAUCAAGCACCCGGCGGUGGCUCUAGUAGUGGCUCGCCAUCGCAUUUCCUACCUCCCGGACACAGUCCAACGCCGUCGAGUACACCGGUCUCGGAGCUGUCACCUGCCGAUCGAAUUCCAGGUCUCAGUCCGCCCUCGCAAGCACCCUGGGAGCAGAAACCCCCGCCGCACUGGGGUGACCACAAACCACCGCAGAUGGGACCGCAGGCGAACCACGCACAUCCGCAGCCGACCCACGCGCCCCAGAUGGGCGGCUACGUACCUCAGUACUGGUAUCAGCCGGAAACGAAUCCAUCACUACUAACGUAGUGUGUGGCCGGCCGUUUAACAGAACGAGAAUGUAAAUUAUAAUUUUAACUAUCCCUAGUGUGUAAUAGAGCAAGGUUUAAAACAACAGCAGUGAAAGAAAAAAGAGAAAAACAAACAACAAAACACAAAACAGUGAUCUGAUAAUUUCUAGAGCUAUAGUGGAAAAUUGCAAAGCGAAAUAAAAAUAACAACAACAAAACAAAACAAAAUGCAGGCCGCCAUCACAGGUCGGAACAACGGGGCGCGCGUGGAAGAUCUUCGACGACACAAAGUGCAUUGGAGUUCCUGAGAUACAUAAAGCUUCAGUAUUGAGACCGGUGUGGUGUGAAAUCACAACGAGGGAAUGGACACUGUCCCGCUGAAAGACAAAACUUGAGCUUAUUUAUAGAACAUACCAUUCCGAUAGCAAAAAAAAAACAAAAAUAGAGCGAUAGAAAGAGAGAGUUGGUGAAGUGUUUGUUUUUGUUGUGGCUAAUCUGCACGGGAGGGAGGGGUAGAUCAGGAAAAGUUGAAUGAGCGAUAGCAGAGCUUUGUGCAAUAUUUGUAAGUGUUAAUCGUAAUGUAACCUUUUCUCUUUUUGUUGUCCUGUUUUUAAUUUCACGAAAAUUGCUUCCCCCUCCCCAAAAGGGGGAGGGUGACAGUAAUACGCAUCCGAGUUUACUUAACGUUUGACAAAAUCAUAAUCGGGAAGGCAUUUCUGACAUUCGAGUCAAACCAAGAAAAAAAAAACAAACAUUCCUAACCGAAACCGGUGAUCGUAAAUAGAGACAUUCCAAGGACGCAUACAGACUCAAUCUGGCAUUGAACAGUUCCGCGUACAAUUCCGUUUGCAUUUCAUGUUAAUUUUCCUACACUUUUCUGCUGCCAUUGAAACGAAUUGCGAACCGUAAACAUAUUCGAGUGCAAUAAGGAAGCACAGAUGUUGCGUUUUUUUUGGUUACUUUUAAAUCAAUCGCGAAAUAAAAAACGCACCCGACGAAGCGUCGAAGUUCAGCAUUCGAAAAACAAACGAAAGACAACAGGAUAGAGAACCAACCAAGUAGCAAUUUUAAACGGAGAAAGAGUUUUAACCAAUUGCAUCAUAGAUUGUAAAUAUUACAAUUUAAUAACUAGCAGCGGGUAUAUCGCAGAAAGAUUUGAUUUUAUUUUGAAUUGAACAAAAAAAAAUGCUUGACAGCGAAUCUAUCGAAUUUAGGCGUCGGUGAGGAUCGAAUCUCUUUGUAUGUUGGUGUAUGUGAGAUGUGUGUGUGAGAGAGAGCGAGAUCAAGAGUACUUGUGGACCGGUUUUUUUGCUCUGUAAAAGUACUAAUAAGUUAGUUGGACACAAAAGUGAUUAUUGUGAUUAGCUGGUAAUUAAAUUAAAGAAGAAAUGACGCAGACAUUUAAAGCAAAUUUGUACAUAAAACUACACAUUAACGAUAAAUGCAACAAUACAAGGAUACAAGUAAGUUAAUCGAUUGUAUUAAAAAAAUAUUUAAAUGGUUUGUGAGUAGGCAGUCAAAAUGGAUGCAGAGGAAUUCAAGCGAGAAAAUUCAAUUUAUUGAAUAGACAUUUGAUUUUAAUAUUUUCUUUAGUAAAAACAAUCAUUGAAAGGCAUACAAACAAAGAGUAAUAAUUAUGGAAGAUUUUCUAUGGAAAAUGUUUUUUGCAACGCAGCAGAUGACAAUUAGCGAGCGAAGUUGCGCAGGAUGGGUUGUUCCUUUCGCGGACACACUCGAUCAUGUGUAGGUGUUAAGAAUUGUUUAUUAUUAUAUUACAAUGAUAUAAUGUAAUGCAAAUUAUAUUAUGGAAAUCCUGUAACGAUUGUGAAUGUAAAUUGCAAAAUUCGAAGGACGGUA